UUGUGUAGACUGUAUCGCCCGGUUUGCACAAAGCAUGACAGGAGACUAUAUCUAUUUUAUGUUUUCAAUACGUGUUUUAUUUAAACAACUUCCUUGUUGCCGAAUUGUAUUGGUGUUCAGACAGGCGACUGUGGGCUGUUGAUGUGAGAGGAAUCUAACAUCGGAAGGUGCUGGGUGGGAUUGCUUGUGAUCUGUGUCACCGUGAACCUCACCGAUGCAGAAUGCCACUGUAAUACCACAGAGCUCUGUGACAAGUUCCCCUCAACUCCCUGUAGUCAGAUGGAUGGUCAGGACAUGUGUCAGGAGGGAUGGUUUGGUCCGUGUUGUCAGAAACAAAACAUUGCUUUGCGGAGAUCUAGCAGCCAGAGUAGCACACUGACCAAUUUUCCAAAUCUGUAUGGAGCAGCACUUGGUGUGGACGGCAGAGCCACCACAAAUGUCUAUAGCUCACCACGGACAUGUGCUCAUACAAAGAAAGAGACAAAUCCAACCUGGACUGUGAACCUGAACACUUCAGUUCCAGAGAAGAUACAACACAUCAGACUCUAUCUACGUGACGACCUUCAGGAGAGAAGCAACGGCAUGGAGAUACUUGUGGGCAGCCAGAUGUGCUACAACUGGUCAUCAACUGAACAUCCUCCUCCUAUAGCUAACGUCACCUGCCGCCAGCCACUGACAGGAACCACGGUCACUAUACGGAUACCUGGUCAACUGAAAUAUCUUACUUUGUGUGAAGUGCAGAUAUUUGUUUGCAGUAACGGAUGGUUUUCUAAAGAUUGUGAUAAAUACUGCCGCUGCCUUAACAGUACUGAUGUAUGUGACAAGAUCAGUGGUCACUGUUCUAGUGGAUGUUUCCCUGGUUAUCAUGGCACUGACUGCCAAACAGGAUGUCCAGAUGGUUCCUAUGGUAGCAACUGCUCCUUUCAGUGUGGAAACUGUCUCAGUGGUGUCAGCUGUGACAAGACAAACGGUACCUGUCCUGGAGGAUGUGCAGCAGGAUGGCAGAGUGAUACAACAUGUCUACAAGCAUGUCCAGAUGGUUCUUAUGGUAUCAACUGCUCCUCCCGGUGUGGAAACUGUCUGGAUGGUGUCAGCUGUGACAAGGCCUUGGGAACAUGCCCUGGAGGAUGUGCAGCAGGAUGGAUGAAUGACGGCACGUGUCUACAACAGAAGUGUUCCGGCUGGGGAAUCCCAGUGACAGCUGUUCUUGGUGUGUUGCUGAUCUGCACAGUGACUGGUGGAACCAUAUACAUCAGACGAUUACUGAAACACCUGGAGAGCUUGAAGACAAAAAAGAGAGCGGAACACUAUGUGACACUUGAUGAGAGGACAAAGACAACAGAAAGUACCUACGAACAUAUCGACAAUGCAACGCCUUACUACAAUACAGUCAAUCAUCUUCAGGAUGAAACUUUAUGAAAGGACAAAGGUUCCAGCAACAGAAAGUACACACGGACAUGUUAACAAUGCUAUACCAUACUUCAAUGUAGUCGAUCAUCUUCAGGGUGAAACAUGGUGAUUUUAGCAUUAACGAUAAAGGGCACAAUGCAUCACUGAAGAAAUACAUGUAUAUAUUGUAUAUAUAUUACCAACAUAGUACUUCGUAAAUAAGUAUCACAAAGUGUGACACAUUAUUGUGGACGUUUAGUACACGACAAAAAGUAUGCUUAUGCUAUAUAGAUAAGAAUCAUAAUGUAUAUCACAUUACAAAUACUUGUCAUAUAUAAGUUCUCAGUCAACUAGUAUCUAAUUAAUGUAGCUUUAUCAUCAUUCACUGAGUGACACUGUUUCUCAUGCUUAGUUCACCCAACCUCAAUCAACGCAUCGUGUCAUUUUGUGACGGUCACUCAGACCUGAUAACACAGUUCUUUAUGCACAUGUCGCUAUACAUUGUUGACAUAUACAGUGAAGAUGUUAGUUAAAUGAACUCACAUGGACAUUUUUUGUUGUAUCUAAUCUGAAUAUGAUUAGCCAGCACAUCACACAAAGUGAAGAAUGGUGGAACGUUUAUCACAGAUAAUUGGUAUAUAGUGUGUACAUGCCAGGUAUGUCAGCUGUACAUGUUUCAUUUAAAUAUAUCUAUUUCGCGUUUAAAAAAUCAUGUCUUAUACGAAAUAUUUAGAAAUUGAAACGUAGUACGAAUUCUUGAUUAUAGCUAUACCCUGAACCUCGAUAUUUAACGUGUUUGAAACUAAGUAAACUUGAAACUUAAACAAACUAAAUUUGGCACUAUCCUAUGGUUAUUAAUUCUGGCGUUCAAUCGUUUGUAACAGUUUCCCUGCAGUGAAUGAUGUUGGUGGCGACAAUUGGCGGCCCCUUCGAAGCAUGAGACUCUAUCAUAAGGAUAUACAAUAGUGAGUGAGUUAAAAUGUCGGCAAUAUGUCAGCCCUAUCGUGACGAGAGAACCUAA